AUGCGACCCGCCGCUGCUUCGGCGUGCUCGCACAUGGACAACUUGCGUGGAUCAGCUCUGUUCCCGCAACCGAGCACACCGGAGCCGCAGCGCUUCCAAUUCCGAAGCCUGCGGUGGUACUCGGAGACACAGACGCCAACGGCCCAGCAUGACGGAGCUGAGCCCUACGCACCGGAGGAGGUGGCCUAUAUGUAUGCUGACGAGGAAGGUGUGUCGCAUGCGCAGCGCUCUAUCGUAGGGCAUGUCGCGCUGUGGCAGCCGCAGGAUGACGGCGCUAGCCCUUGCACACCGCGAACGGUGUGCCAGUCUCGGACGAGGCAGUGCGCAGCGCUAGCGAACACGCAUCCCUUUCCCGCCUCACUAUGCACCGCCUAUGCAUCCGCUGCUCCCCUGCAGCAGUCACCAUGCUCAUUCAUGCCAUCCAUCGCGGAUGCUCCCGUGGUGCGUCGCACUCGGUCUCUCUCGUGUCCAAGUGCCGAUCGAUCCGUCGCACCAGCUCGCUGUUCAGUCGGGUACGGCACCAGCAGUCGAGAAGCAGGGCAGAGCAUUGGUCGAUACACCACCGUAUUGAGUGGUGUGCCAUCCACCGGCGUGAAUACGUGUGACACGCCGUCCGCCGUUUCGGCUGCACGCGCGACAGUGCCGUUACACUCGCCGUUCCCUACGGCAACGCUCUCGAUGGCGAAUGAACACGUCUGUACGCUUCAGGAGCGCCACGACGGUGUCGGUGAUCUGCCCGCUUGCGGAAGCAACGACGUCUUUCUCAUGCACACAUACACCACGCAACCGUGUGCCACCUCCGCCUCCGUCCCACGGCUCACGCGUCUUUCGCUCUCUUCCAACGGGCACAGCCCUGCUGUGCCGACGAACUGGUCUAUUGGCCGCCCGACCACGCUGCGUUGUCGCGACACGGACUCUGACGUGCACUGCGACUGGGGCGCCAUUCAAGGGGAGGAUGAGGAGGACAAGGAGCCGGUCAUCGGUUGUGCGACACAAGUCUGGCGCGUCUCUGACGAGGUGCGGAUGCCGCUGCAGUGUUCCCAUGGCACAGAGGAGAAAGAGGAGGAGACGUUGCUCGGCGUGCCGAUCUCGCAUCGUGGUGACCACCUGACAAACGGCAGAGACCUGUUUGCAUCCCUGCCACCCAUUGCGUGGCAGCCGGCACCGCUGCUAGCAUCUUUUUCGGGCUCCCAGCUCGACGUUUCCAGUUGCGCCGAGGACAACGCUGUGCUGUUGAGCGGUGCACCUGUGGCGAGCACCGAAGAGGAAACCCACAAUGACAACCGCGAGGUGACGCGAUCGAACGCGAUACCGGCAACAGGAGACGUUGCAGCCACGGCAUUGAACGGUUCCUUUGCGGACUUGGAGGCUGCACCGCGCAAGGGCUAUGCCCGGUCCAACAGCGGCACGCCUCCGCCAAGCGAUCUCUGGUCUCUCAACAACGCAGCAAACUCGCAAGCGCACGAUCGCGCCGCUAAUGGAGUGUCUGCAGGUGUCGAACUCGCGUCCCACGCAGAUGCGUCGGAGACCAACUCUCACCACUUGGGCGCAUCUCUGUGUGCCAACAUCGGCAGUGGCUGCAGUGCCCGCUUGGGGACAGCUGCGGAGUGGCGCGAACACAUGUCUACCGCCACCCCGCAGGGACGGGGCGUGUGGGUGGAUGUCCCGGGGCAGCUGCGUGGGUCUGAAUAUCCCGCCUCCACGACGACGGCCGAGGCGGUAGCCGCGCGGCUGGCGCACAUCUCUAUCCACACCUCUCCUACCCCAAAGCGACUUGCGUUUGAAGAGGAAGAGCUUGUCGAGAGGGUCGGCGGUGGCGACUCGCCGAUGCUGACCCCUGCGGUGCGCAUUGUCGCAGACGACGCUGCUCAACAGCGCGCUUGCAACGACGCUUCAUCUGCUCAAGGCGGUGGUGGCUCUUUCGACGUUGGCCUCCAGGGUAGAGGCGCCGGGGGCCUGAGCAGGAGCUGCAUGCGGUGGGCGUCGGCGUUUGGCGAUAGUGGCCAUCGUGAGCCGUGCGGCAGUCGCAUCCCCAGCGGACUGCAGCUCCUCCGAUCCCGAAAACGCUGCCUUUCCGAAAUGCAAGCGACAGACAUGCAGGAAAGGCAUGCCAGCACGCUGGUCUCCGGAGGUAUCAACGACGCACGUGGUUCAAGCAAUCUUGUACCUGAUAGGGUCGACUGUAUGAACUUAGCGACUGCUUUUGAGAACCUAGAGGAGGAGGAUGGCGACGGCGACGGCGACGAGGACGCAGUGAAGAGGCAGAGGCGCGAGGCGCAGCAUCGUAGACGACUGCAGCACCUUCUUCCAGCUGCGCUAAACACGAUGGAUGACCUCAUUCCGGCACCGGUGCAAACUCUUGGGACGGGAGUGGCUUCCUCUUCAUCUAUGCUCUCUUCGCACGUGCGUAGCGCCGUGCACUGGAUCCAGUUGGCGCAGGAUCAGGAGCAUCAACCAGACCACACCAGCAACGACGACCCGGCUUCGUGGAGUCAGCUGAGCAGCAUUAGCCACGUGACGCCGGCGUCGCAGAGCACGUCGAUGGGCCUUUGGGGGGUGCCAAACACACUCUCUCAAGGCCAUCACGGCGCCGGCGUGGUGUGUUCCGUCGGCUCCGGCUCGCAGGUGCUGACACCGCUCCAAACAAACGUGACGCCACAGCCAUCACGCAAGCCGUAG